GACACAAAUCACAGCUCAAAAUUGCAACGCCUCCUCCUAUAAAGGAGACAAGACCCUGCGUUGUUCUUCCUAAACAUCUCCGAAACCGAAAGAGCAAGUAGAAACCUCUCGAUCUCUCAGAUCUCUGUGGCCAACCAAACACACACAAAAAAAAAAAAACAAGAAUCUCUCCAUUCGUUCUUGGAGGAUUCGAUGGAAGGAGAGGUGGACAUGAACAUGAUGAUGAAGAAAGGAAAGAGAAUAGUGGUGGCAGUGGACGAGAGCGAGGAGAGCAUGCACGCCCUGUCGUGGUGUCUCACCCACCUCAUCUCUGCUGACCAGCCCGGCAACGGCAACCCCACCCUCGUACUCCUCUACGUCAAGCCUCCUCCCCCUGUUUCCUCCUUCUUCGACGCUGCGGGGUACAUGUUCUCGAGCGAUGUGAAUGCGGCCAUGGAAAAGUACGGGUGCGACUUGGUGAAUUCGGUGAUGGGACGAGCAGAGGCGAUCUACAGGAGCUUCAGCACCAGCAUGACUGUGGAGAGGUUCGUCGGGAAAGGGGAAGCGAAAGCCGUGAUAUGCAACGCGGUGGAGAAACUCAGAGCGGACACUCUGGUUAUGGGUAGCCAUGGGUAUGGCUUCAUGAAGAGGGCUCUACUGGGGAGCGUGAGCGAUUACUGCUCGAAGCACGUCAAGUGUCCCAUGGUGAUUGUGAAGCAUCAAGCUGAGGAUAACUGAGAAAUCUUCUCCUCCUUCUUGAACUCCAUGAAUCUCUGUUCGAUGUCGAGGAAAAAGCUACGUAGCCCUAAUCCUGUCGUUACUAGUGGCGUCGAUCUGUGGGCAGUUGCGCAUAUACGCAAUUAAUGUGAGGGACAGAAUAGGCUUUGCAGCGAAUUGUUUUCACUUUGA